AUGCGUGCUCACAAUUUUCCCCUAUACGCAUGGGGUCUAUGGUCGGCAUCCACUGUGAAUGCUGCCGUAUCGCGCCGACACAUUGACCAGGCGCUUGACAGUCUCAUAGUUACGAACAUUGAGGAUGUACGCGGCAAUCUUCACCUACCAGAGACAUCUGGAGACUUCAAGGUCACCUGGGCAAGCAGCCACCCAUCAAUUAUCUCACCGGAUGGUAUCGUGAAACGACAGGAUGCCGAAACCACGGUUGAUCUUACGGCAAUUAUCGACCAUGAGGGAAUCAUUUCUAAUCGCACAUUCAACGCCAAUGUCCGUCAAGCAGCAGCCCUUGCACCUUUCGAGGGUUACGCCUUUGCAUAUUUUACGGGCAACUCCAUAGCUGGCGAAAAGAUCUACAUGGCAGCCAGUCAAGGCAACAAUGCUUUGAAGUGGAAUGAGCUAAAUGGCGGACAGCCAGUCCUGGCCUCUACUCUAGGCACAAAGGGCCUGCGCGACCCUUUUGUUAUUCGAUCAAACGAGGGUGACAAGUUCUUCUUGCUCGCCACUGAUCUUUCGAUCGGAUCCGGUACCUCGUGGGGAGAUGCAGUCAAAUUUGGCAGUCUCUACCUUGAGAUUUGGGAAUCGAAGGACCUCAAGACCUGGUCAGCCCAGCGCCACGUCAAGGUUUCUCCGUCCACUGCUGGAAACACAUGGGCGCCUGAAGCCUACUACGAUGCCAGCCUAGGCUCAUACGUGGUUUUCUGGGCUUCUUCGCUCUAUGAACCAAGCGAUACCGCCCGUACUAGAAGUACCUACCACCGCAUGAUGUAUGUCACCACGCGAGACUUUGUCACGUUCAGCCAACCUCAGGUAUGGCAAGACGCUGGACUGUCGCGUAUCGACACGACCGUUAUCAAGGAGGGAAACACUUUCUACCGAUUUACCAAGGACGAGGGAGGCACAGGUACCAACUGUCAAGACAUUAUCCAAGAGCGCUCAACAUCGUUCCUUGCUCCUGUGAGUGGAUGGACUCAAGUUGCUGCAUGCAUUGGUCGCAACGCCGGUACAAGCGCCGUUGAAGGGCCGACUGUAUUCAAGGCCAACGACAAUGACGUCAACGGAAAGAAGUUCUACCUCUUUGUGGAUGAAUAUACGGGCCGCGGCUAUAUUCCUCUGGAGACUGCAGACAUCUCCAAGCCAACCUGGAAGGUCUCUAGCUCCUACAGUCUCCCACGCAGCCCGCGCCACGGAACUGUUAUCCCAAUCACUGCCAGCGAACUUGCUAACCUACGAUCCGGACUCACAAGCCGCUCAGAUUCUGUUGCUCCCCGCAGCCGCUCCCGCUUAAGUGCCAGAGCAGGAAGCCCUGUUCUCCCAGGCCUUUAUGCCGACCCGAACAUUGCAGUCUUUGGCAAGAACUACUACCUCUAUGUCACAACCGACGGCUUCCCAGGCUGGGGCGGCAACGUCUUCUACGUCUGGAAGUCACCCGAUCUAGUUUCUUGGGCUCGUUCAGUGAAGCCUUUCCUGACUCUCAAUGGCACAAGCGGAAACGUACCAUGGGCAACCGGUAAUGCAUGGGCUCCAACCAUCAUUGAGAGGGGUGGCAAGUACUACUUCUACUUCAGCGGCCAGAACCCCAAGUACAACCGCAAAACCAUCGGCGUCGCCGUUGCAAACUCCCCCGAAGGUCCAUUCACCGCCCAACCCGAAGCCAUGAUCCUAAACGACGGCACCCUCAAGACCGGCCAGGCAAUCGACCCCGCCGCCUUCCGCGACCCCACCACCGGAAAAUACUACAUCUUCUGGGGCAACGGCACACCAGCCCUCUACGCCGAACUCGCCGACGACAUGAUCUCCCUCAAAGCCGGUACCACCCGUGCCAUCAGCGGCCUCACCGACUUCCGCGAGGGCAUCUUCCUCAACUACCGCAAGGGCCUCUUCCACCUCACCUACUCCAUCGACGACACCGGCUCAGAAAACUACCGUGUCGGCUACGCUACCUCGACGAGCGUCGACGGUCCCUGGACGUACCGCGGCGUUAUCCUCCAGAAGAAUACUGCGCUGGGUAUCUUGGGUACUGGCCACAGUUCCAUCAUCAAUGUGCCUGGUACGGAUGACUGGUACAUUGCGUACCACCGCUUUGCUAUCCCCAACGGCGGUGGAACCAACAGGGAGACGACGAUUGAUCGGGUGUACUUUGAUGAUGCCGGGUUCAUUAAGCCGGUUGUGCCUACGCUUACGAGUGUGGAGCCGGAACCGGUUCCUGCGUGA